GAGCUUUUUGUUCAGUAUUUGGCUACAUACUCCUACAAACAUGGCAGAGGCAAGGAGAAGAAUGCUCUAACUUACAGUGACCUGUCUCAUACUGCAGAAGAGUGUGAGACCUUUCAGUUCCUUGCAGAUAUCUUGCCAAAGAAGAUUCUAGCUAGCAAAUACCUAAAAAUGCUUGAAAAAGAGAAGCGAGAUGGAGAAGUGGGGGAAGAUGAUGAAGAGGAUGAGGAGGAAGAGGAUGAAGAUGAAACUGUUGAUGGAGAUGUUGGAUCUUAAGGCCAACAGAGAAUUGCUUCAUAGUGAUCCAUUUUCUGUUGUAUAAAGGAUGUUAUUUUUGUGACUGAGAAUCCAGAUGCUGGAUAUAUUUAAAUACUGAGCCAUCUGCUUUUGCUUUGUUUAGAAAUUGAACUUUAUACUUGUUGAAGAAUGGAAUUCUUC